AUGGCGGAUGCGAUGCAGGUGGAUGGAGCGAAGGAGGGAGCGAACCCGGUGAAGGUGAAGGCGGACGACGAUCCCGAGGCUGAAGGAGAAUGGAUGAGGCUCUCCUUUAUCCGCUUCAAGCUCACCAGUCCGAAAUGUCCGCCAAGUGCGAAGGAUGCUCUGUGGGCUGACUUCAUGAAACUCGUCGAGAGAUUCAAUUCCGUCGCUGUGUAUGAAAUCACAUGCCAAGAAACUGGUCGGAAGAUCGAUUCCUCUCUUGUUGCCAAGAUGAAAGCUGAGAAUGAGAGAAGGCUGAAGGAGGUGGAUGAUGCGAUCAAGGAUGCGCAAGAGAAUGAAGGGGACAUGGAAGUGCGCGAUGGCAUGAUGGCUAAGGCUCAAGUCCUUGCAAGAACCGCAACUAAGGAACUUGCUGCAAAUGCGUACGAUGAGGCCGAGAAGUUGCCAAAAACGACUUCUGGUCAGAAGCUUGACGUUCGCUUCCACCUGAUGCGAAUCGGCAUGUUCUGGGGGGACAUCUACAUGGUCGAAACCCAUGUCAAGGUUUGCAAAGAGCUGGUGGACAAUGGAGGUGAUUGGGAGCGAAGAAAUCGCUUGAAAGUAUAUGAAGCCAGCUACCUCAUAUCCAUUCGAGAUUUCAAAAGAGCAGCAACUCUUCUGUUGGAAUCCAUCUCAACCUUUACUGCUGUGGACCUCUACUCUUACAACCAGUUCUACACAGUCGUGUGUGCAACCAUCGCUUGUGAUAGAAAAACUAUCAAAGAGAAGGUCAUCCAUGCACCGGAAAUCUUGCAAGUGAUUGCCAGCAAUCCUGCCCUUGAGAAAAUGAUCAAUUCUCUGUACAAAUGCCUCUACAAGGACUUCUUCGUUGCGCUUGUCGACAUCGUCGAUCAACUGUUCUUGGAUCGCUUUGUCUGCUCUCAUGCAAGAUAUUUCCUCCGUCAAGCUCGCGUUGUAGCUUACACGCAGUACCUGGAGUCCUAUCAUACUGUAGACAUGGCCUCCAUGUCUGCAACUUUCGGGGUCGGUUUGAACUUUCUUGACAACGAAUUGAGCGACCUUGUGGCUUGUGGUCGUCUGAGUUGCAAGAUCGACAAGGUGAAGGGGGUUGUAUGCAGCAACAGACCCGACAGGAAGAACGCCCUUUACCAGCAAACGAUCAAGCAGGGAGACUCCUUGUUGAAUAGAAUCCAAAAGCUCUCUCGAGUUAUUACGAUCUAA